AUGGCAAGUGUAGCCAUUAAACUGGCCCGAGAGAAGGCAGCAUUAGAAGGUCUUGGUUCCAAUGCCCGGGCAGUGAAGUACUUAAACCAGGAUUUCCAGGCUCUAAGGAGGCAGUGCUUGCAGUCUGGUAGUCUCUUUAAAGAUGAAGAAUUCCCUGCUUGCCCUUCUGCUCUUGGCUACAGGGAUUUGGGGCCAUAUUCUCCCAAAACUCAAGGCAUUGUCUGGAAACGACCCCCCGAUCUAGUCCCGAAUGCACAAUUCAUUGUUGGAGGAGCAAGUCGAACAGAUAUUCGUCAAGGAGCCCUGGGUGAUUGCUGGCUUUUGGCAGCCAUUGCAUCUCUCACAUUGGAUCAAGAAAUAUUAGAUCGAGUUGUUCCCAAAGAUCAAAGCUUUCAGAGAGACUAUGCUGGGAUCUUUCAUUUCCAGAUCUGGCAAUAUGGAGUGUGGGUAGAUGUUGUAGUUGAUGACCGGCUCCCCACCAAAAAUGGGCAGCUAGUUUUUCUGCACUCAGAAGAAGGAAAUGAGUUUUGGAGUGCCCUGUUGGAGAAGGCCUAUGCCAAGUUGAAUGGCUCCUAUGAGGCUCUUUCUGGAGGAUCUUCUCUAGAAGGUUUUGAAGAUUUCACUGGUGGCAUCUGUGAAUCUUAUGACCUUAGGAAAGCCCCACCCAACCUGUUCCAAAUCAUCUGGAAGGCCUUACAAACUGGUUCAUUGUUGGGUUGCUCCAUUGAUAUCACCAGUGCAGCUGAAACAGAAGCAAUCACAAGUAAGAAGCUAGUCAAAGGUCAUGCAUACUCUGUUACUGGAGCAGAAGAGGUUAACUACCGCGGACGCCCAGAGAAACUAGUCAGGAUAAGAAAUCCGUGGGGUGAAGUGGAAUGGACUGGAGCAUGGAGUGAUAAUGCUCCUGAGUGGAAUUAUAUUGACCCCGCACAAAAAAGGGCUCUGGAUAAGCAAGCAGAUGAUGGUGAAUUUUGGAUGUCCUUCUCAGAUUUUCAGAGGCAGUUUACAAGACUUGAGAUUUGCAACUUGACUCCUGACACCCUGUCAAGCAGUGAGGUUCAUAAAUGGAGCCAGUCCUUGUUCAAUGGACAGUGGCGGAGAGGAUCUACAGCUGGUGGAUGCCAAAAUUAUCCAGCAACAUACUGGACCAACCCUCAGUUUAAAAUUAGGCUGGAUGAGCCAGACAAUGACACUGAAGGAAAUGAGAGUGAGCCGUGUUGCACAGCACUGGUGGGCCUGAUGCAGAAGAAUCGCAGGAGGCAGAAGAGGAUGGGGGAAGGUCUGCUCAGUAUCGGAUAUUCCCUUUAUCAGGUUCCAAAAGAGUUGGGAAAUCAAACGGAUGUUCACCUAAGCAGAGAUUUCUUCCUAAGAAACAGAGCCGUGGCUCGCUCUGACACCUACAUCAACCUGCGUGAAGUCUCAAAACGCUUCCACCUGCCUCUAGGAGAGUACCUCAUUGUGCCAUCCACCUUUGAGCCUUUCAAAGAUGGCGAGUUCUGCCUCAGGGUCUUCUCUGAGAAACAUGCUCAAACUCAGGAAAUUGGUGAUAAGGUGGUUGCCAAUCCAUAUGAGCCUCAUGUUGCUGACAACAGCAUAGACAGUGAGUUCAAGAGCCUGUUUCAGAAACUCUCUGGUGAGGAUUGUGAAAUGACUGCAAAUGAACUUCAGACAAUUCUGAAUAGAGUCAUAUCAAAGAGAACAGACAUUAAAAGUGAUGGAUUUGGCAUAAACACCUGCAGGGAGAUGAUCAGCCUCUUAGAUAGCAAUGGAACUGGUACCCUGGGGGUUACAGAAUUCAAGAUACUUUGGAUGAAGAUUCGGAAAUACCUGGAAAUUUAUACAGAAGUAGAUACAGACAAAUCUGGAACCAUAGAUGCACAUGAAAUGAGAAAUGCCCUCAAAGAAGCAGGCUUCACUCUGAAUAACAAGAUCCAGCACAGUAUUGCUAUCCGCUAUGCCUGCAGCAAGCUGACCAUUGACUUUGAUGGCUUUGUGGCCUGCAUGAUUCGCCUGGAGACUCUUUUCAAAAUGUUUCAGAUCUUAGACAAGGAUGAGCGUGGAGUUGUCCAACUCACUCUGGCUGAGUGGCUGUGUGCAACGUUGGUUUAAGGAACAAUUUUAGAAUUCAUUUGAGAACUCUACAGCUUUUUAACCAAGAAGCUUUUGAGAAAAAGAAACUAUUCUAUCUGUGUCUUCAAGAUAAGAAGAAUGAAUAGAUAUGUCUGUCAAUACUUUUUUAAAAAUGUAGAAUGCUCAUUUGGAAAAUAAACAUCACCAAUAAGUAGAAACUAAAAUGACUAAAUUGAGGCUAUUAUAUUUUGGUCACAUUAUAAAAAUGCAAGACUCACUGGAAAAGACAACAAGCUAGAAAAA